AUGUCUUUCAUUUUUACAUACGCAGCCUGCUGCCGACAGCAACGUAAUCCUGUUCAUGGAGAUAUUUAUGUGCCUGAACUUCAGGGAUAUAGAUCUGGUGAUCCUACGCACCACGUUUGGACCAUGGAAUGCAGCGACCCAGAAAAGUACGAAGAAUUGCAUGUUCAUAAUGUCUACCAGGAGAUUGCGGAACACUUCUCCUCCACGAGAUAUAAGCCUUGGCCGAUUGUCGAACGGUUUUUAAAGGAACGCCCGCCAGGUUCGAUCGGCCUAGACAUCGGUUGUGGGAAUGGCAAAUAUUUGCCCGUCAAUUCUGACAUUUUCAUUGUUGCGUCAGAUCGAUCUGAAGCCUUGGCGCGGAUUGCCAGUGCGCAUUAUCCACAUUCUUCGAUUGUCGCUGACAAUCUGAAUUUACCACAUCCGGAUGGCAUCUUCGAUUUCGCCAUUUCCAUUGCAGUGGUACAUCACCUGUCAAACCAUGAACGCAGAGUCAGAGCUAUUCAGUCUAUCCUGCAAACGCUCAAGCCGCCUCACGAUGGUCGUGAAGGUGGCAAAGCAUUGAUCUAUGUCUGGGCACUGGAGCAGAAAAACAGUAGGAGGGGAUGGGAUGCUGGCGAUGACCAGGACGUCAUGGUACCCUGGGUGAGAAGAGAAAAACCUGGUGAUGAUAAGUCCGGGGCGUCAACAAAGACUUUUCAUCGCUACUAUCAUUUGUAUGAAUCACAGGAGAUAGAACGAGAUAUCGUUGCCGCUGGUGGUCAAGUCUUGGAUCAUGGUUAUGAAAAAGACAACUGGUGGGCUAUUGCAGGCUUAAAGUCAGUGGGUUGAAUUGUGAUAACGCAAGUAGGACCGCUAUAUCAAGCAUCCGGUAUCGUCUCGAAUUGAAGAGCUAUGAAAACAAUUUGGGGGAGAGAGAAUAAAUUAAGUGGCAUACAUCAAAAGCGUCAAGGACAAAAGAGAAGAGUGGAAACGGGGACGGGAAAGUCGUUGGAAGAAGGAGAGGGAAAUUGAAAAAUGAAGAUGAACUCUGAGUAGGAAAGCUUAAAAAGAGAAUGGCUAAAUCUACCUAUGCAAAACCCGAAAUGACAAAGGAAAGGAAGAAGAGGAAAAUUGAAAAUAAUAUGGAAGAAGAAAAUGGAAAAUGUGAUAGGAGAAACACAGAAAAAUAUACAAGACUUCGAUCUAUCCGCC